CUCCCCCAUCCUCUGCUUCUCCGAUUCACUUCCAAAACCCUCUCCCUUUUCGCCACCCCUACCAGCCUACCACCACCAAAUCGACCACCGCCGACUCCUCCGGCGAGAUGCUCCGCCGCUCCCUCUCCACCGCCGCGCCGCGCCCCGCCUGGGCGAUGGUCUACCGGAUCUCGACGGCGGACGAGUCCGCGGCCGCGCGGCGCGCGUCCGUCGAGCUCGCGCCGCCCCCGCUCGCCUCCCGCGUCUCCGUCCCCAGGCACGCCUUCGGCCUGGACCCGCUCCGGGCCACAACGGCCAGGGCCGACCUCCGGCCGCCCGUCAACUUCUUCAGCUUCGCCGCCCCGGCCCGCGAGCAGGGCUCCCCGCAGCCGGCGGGCUCCGGGCACAACCUCAUCAACGUGUUCGGCAGCGGCGUGCUCGCCGCGAGCGGCGACGGCCUCCUCCUGAUCGGCACCUUCAGGAACCGCGCCAGCGCCGCCAGCAUCUUCCAGCACCAGGUCCCGUCCCCCGCCCCGUUCGAGGUCCUCGACCAGGCCUACGCGCGCUCCUCCUGCUGCGACCCCAUGAGGCUCGCGCGCUUCGUCUGCAACCCCGUCACCGGCGAGCUGGCCCGCCUCCCGGACUUCGACGGCGCGGAGGACGCCUUCACCGCCCCCACGGGCCUCCUCACCCAGGCCAACGGCGGGCACGGCGGACCGCCCCGGAGGUACGCCGCCGCGCAGCUCAGCGUGGUCAACAAGGGGCGGCGUUUCCGGCUGCGCCGGCUCUCCUCGGAGACCGGGGAGUGGUACGAGCUUCUGCUGCCGUCCCCGCUGCCGGCCGGGCGCCUGAUGCACAUGAACCACGAGGUGCUGGACUUCGGUGGGCGGCUCUGGUGGGUGGACGUGAGCUGGGGCGCCAUCAACGUCGACCCUUUCAGCGACCGGCCCGAGCUCUGCCCCGUCGAGCUGCCGGCAGACGUCAUGAUUCCCGACCAACAGGGCGAGGCAGAGAUGAGGCAGCUCCUCCAGCGCAGGCGCAUGGGGGUCAGCGACGGCAGGCUGAGGUUUGUGGAGGUUGCCAAGGACGAGCCCUUCCGCAUCAAAUCGUUCACGCUGGACGAAGAGAGUGGCCGCUGGAUGCUGGAGCACCAGGUGUCGUGGAGAACACUCUGUCGCGAAGCCAAGGCGUCGCCUUUGAUUGCUGCCAUUGAUCCACUCAGCGCCGACUUGCUGUACCUCACUGUGUCUGUGCCUGUGGGCAAAGGGUUCUGUGCAAGCGUGGACAUGCGCUGGAAGAGACAGGUUGAGUCUGUGGAGUUAGGGCGUGGUGUCAAUCCAAGCAAGUGCAUCUCAAGCUUCGUUCUGCCAUGUGUGCUCCCCUCAUUUCUCGGAUCAAGCCCGAUUCCAGGCAAGAUGAACACCGAGCAAAACAAGACUUUGGCAGAUUUUCUUGUUCGCUCAGACAUCCCAUAGGAAGGACGAAGGUUUCUCAGAACUACAGAUGCUGCUCUAUAAUCAAUUAGGAAGUUUUUUUUUUGUGGGGUAAUCAAUUAGGAAGCUGAUGGCGGUAGCUUACAGAACUCUCAUUUUGGGGGAAAUCUGGAGAUGUCUUGGUCUGAUGGAGUUUCGUGAUCAACUUACUGUAUCCCGUUUUUAGGGCAAAUCGUGGAGAUUUUCUAGGUGAUAGAUUCACAGCAGAGCAUUCCAGCAAAUUUGCAAAAUUAAUCAGCAUGUAACAUCCAUCACCGAACGUUGUGUAUGCUGCGUUUAGUAGCUAGAUGAUAC